UUUCAGAUAUUCUACUUUAGCGUAUGUCACGUAUAUGAUAUGUUGCCUUGUGCCAUUUUCUGUAGUUUGUAUGUAAUUAAGACGAUUGGCUCUGAAAGUGGAUCUCGACAUUAGCAUUGCGCAAACUCAAAAUUGACAAGACAUGUGUUUAUAAUAUUAUUAGAAAAUCGCCAAAAAGCUUUGGAGAAAUUGAUUCUUUUUGACUCAUAUUGUUUUGAGGAAAAGCAAAUAAAAAUGAGCGAUGACGAUAGAGAUAUCGAUAUUGAGAGUGAUGAAGGAGAUGAUUCUGAUUCCAGGCAAAGACAUUCCAAUAAUACACAAUAUUAUUCACAGGCUGAGAAGCGUGCACAUCACAAUGCUUUAGAAAGAAAGCGUCGGGAUCAUAUAAAGGAUAGUUUUUCAAGUCUUCGAGAUUCAGUACCAGCUCUACAAGGUGAAAAAGUUGCAAGUAGAGCACAAAUCUUAAAGAAAGCUGCUGAAUACAUUCAGUUUAUGCGUCGGAAGAAUUCAUCCCAUCAAACUGACAUAGAUGACUUGAAACGACAAAAUAAUCUUCUCGAAUCGCAAAUACGCACACUGGAGAAGGCAAAAAUAACAGGGAAUUUCGCUGCUGAAUCAUGCGAAGUUUCAAAAUCAGAUUCCGUUGGAAUUGGAGGUUAUAAUGAUUCAGAAUCCGAAUCUUCAGAUAGUGAAAUUGGAAGAGCGGUUCGGCAUCCAAAGAAACUAAAAGUUGCUGGUGUACAUCAUUGAUUAAUUAUGGAACAUUUCACAUUAUUAUUAAACGUUUAACUUUAUAAAAUAAGGUAAUACAUUCAACUCUUAUUAUUGUAAGAGAUUAUUAUAUAUAAAUUACAUAAUUAUAAGAUUAUAAAAUUUAUUGACUAUAAACAUUGUAUGGUAGAAACUUAUUUAAAAAUAAAUGAGAUAUUAGUGCUGUUGUAACUUUUAUGAAAUUACUCUUAUUUAAUUGUCAUAAAAUGAAAUUUGUAAUUGCCUAGAAAUAAUUAUAUAAUUAAUUUAUAUUAA